AUGGAUGAAAACGAGAUUGAUUUUCUGUUAAAAGAAUUGGAUAAUGAAAAUCUACAGUGGGAUGAAAUAGUCCAAGAUAAUAAUAAUAUUAGUACGAAUUCUAUCAAUAUUGAUGAUAAUUUGCCUAAUGAAAUUGACCCUAAUAUAAACCAACUGGAUAAUAAAGAAACAGAAACAGUCCAAGCUUUUAGUAUGAAUACUAUAAACUGUAACAAUAUAGAUGAUAAUUUGCCUAAUGAAAUUGACCCUAAUAAUAUUAACUUACUUUAUACUAAAGAAACGGAAAAUUUGUAUAAUUGUUCAAGUAAUAUUAUACCGAGUACUACUGAUGUUAUGGAUCAACACAAUGAUUUUUUACAUUCUGAGAGUGACAAUAAUGGUUCAAUAGACAUACUCAAUGGUGAUAUAAAUGAAAAAAGAAUUAGAAAUAAGAAAAAAAAUCUAAGCAAAUGGAAAAGAAAUUCAAAUCAAAUACUACGUAUGAAAGGACAAUCAUAUUUAGGCUAUACACGGUCUAAAGAAAAGGUAAUCUCUCACAACACAAAUAGACAAGCUAAAACUAUGCUCCCUACAUGUACCAAAAUAUCUUGUCAAAGGUCUAUUAAACGAAAGUGUAAUGAAAUACUGGAGGAUGACAGGUUGAGGGUAUUCACUGAUUUUUGGUCCAAUCUUAGCUGGUCAGAAAAAAAGAUUUAUGUUACUUCCUUAGUAAAAAAGACUAGUGUUAAACAGCGAAAAGUUGAUUCAACAGUGUCACGAAGAAAUAGUUCUUUUUCCUAUUUUUUAAAAGUUAAUGGAGAACUCUUGAAUGUAUGUAAAACAAUGUUUUUAAACACCCUAGCAUUGGGUGAGUCACAAGUUCAUAAUUGGUGCAUAACAAGAGAACAAUGUGAGCUAAGUCCAAAUACACCAAAAGUUAGAUGUUUAAGGGAUAGUCCACAUAAAAAAAAUAGAAAAUUUGUAAAUAAAUUUCUUGAACAAAUUCCAAAAAUGCCCUCUCAUUAUUGUAGAACAUCAACUUCUAAACUUUACCUUGAGCCAUACAUACAAUCAAAAUCCCAGUUGUAUAACAUGUAUAUUGAGAUGUGUAAUAAUGAAGGAAAAGAGAAUAAUAUUGUUUCAAUAAACACCUUUUAUGACAUUGUUGAAAAAAAUAAUAUAUCUCUAUUCAGCCCCAAAAAAGACCAGUGUGACACUUGUUGUUCUUAUCAAACCAAUAAUAUUAGUGAAAAAGAAUGGAAAGACCACAUUGAAGAUAAAAAUCAAAGUAGAGAAGAAAAAUGUCUGGACAAAGAAAAAGCUUUACUUAAUGAAAUACUGGUGUUUACAAUGGACCUGCAAGCGGUUAAAGUCUGCCCAUAUCUUAAAGCAAGUGCUCUAUAUUAUAAAAGUAAACUAUGUGUGCAUAAUUUUACUACAUAUAAUUUGGCAACACAUGAGUCCACUUGCUAUUGGUGGGAUGAGACCCAAAGUGACCUUUCAGCUUCAUCAUUUGUGAGUUGUAUUAUAGAUCAAUUAACAGAAUGCCAUAACAAAAAUCCAAAUCUAAAUAUAAUACUCUGGAGUGAUGGCUGCUGCUACCAAAAUAGGAAUAAUGUACUGUCAAAUGCACUGUUAGAGUUUGCCAUAAACAAUAAAGUUGUUAUUGAACAAAAAUAUUUGACCAAAGGGCACACCCAAAUGGAGUGUGACUCAGUUCAUUCCAAUAUUGAACGCAAGUUGAAGAAUGCAGAUAUUUAUUUACCUUCGGAUUAUUUAAAAAUUACACAGAGUGCUAGGAAAAAACCUUUUCCUUAUAAUGUAAAAUGGUGUGAUACAUCAUUUUUUAAACAAUAUCAAAUUGAUUUAAAUAGAUAUGACUCAUUAAGACCUGGAAAAUCAGCUGGAGAUCCAACUGUUACAAAUAUAAAGUCACUCCGAUACAAUUCAAAUGGCACUAUUGAUUUUAAAACUAAUUUUGAUGAUGAGUACUCUGAUCUCAGAUUGGCUCAAAAGAAAAGAAAAAAAAUGUGUAAAAUAACAUCUCCUAUUAUUUAUGGUCAGCUUCAUGCAGAAGAAUUGAAAAUUCCCAAAAGUAAGUGGGAACAUUUACAGCAACUGAAAAAAGUAAUACCUAAUGAUUGUCAUGAGUUUUAUAAUCAUAUUAAAUAUGAUUAA